AUGCUCGACUUCCAAGGCAAAAUCGUUGUCGUCACAGGUGCCGCCCGUGGCAUAGGCCAGGCAAUCUCCAUCGAGCUUGCUGCAGCUGGCGCCCAUGUCAUCCUGGCCGAUAUUCAACUAGAACCCCAAGAGAAGACAGUUUCGGAGCUCCGAAGCCAUGGCCAGAAAGCUUGCGCCUACCAAUGCGACGUGACCAAUGACGAGUCAGUCAAAACGUUCGCCUCACACGUCCUGAAAGAUGUCGGCGCUCCAGAUAUUGUGUACAACAAUGCCGCCUUUAUUCGGAGUGGCGGCAUCCUGAACGCCAGUGUGGAGAAUAUUCGGCGUGAGUUAGACGUCAACGUCCUGGGCUAUAUCCGCGUUGCUCAGGCUUUUUUGCCUAACAUGGUAGCCCGAGGCUCUGGCUGGAUCGUCAAUACAGCAUCUCCAAACGCAUUCGUCCCGCCACCUAUGGUCGCGGGAAAUCUCCUCGGUUAUUGCAUCACAAAGGGUGCCGACGUAUCCAUGUCCCAAUGCAUGGCGAUGUCACUCAAACCCACUGGCGUCGGGGUCAGCAUCGUCUUCCCUGACCUCACCUACACUGAAUCGGUUCACGAGUUGACGGGCACGGCCCCCAGCGAGUUCAACACUGGCUUUGCGGAGUUUGUAUCAACUCACAGCCGUCCAGCUAGUGUUGUGGCUAAGAGGAUUGUGGAUGGCUUGAAGGAAGGAAAGUUUUUUGUGAAUGCCUAUGACGGGUUUGAGGAAAUGUUGAGGACUUGGGCGAAACAGGACAUGGAUCCUCAUUUUAACUAUCUUUCCUUCUCUGGUCUGUAG